AUUCUUGAAAACAUGGCAAUCAGACUUACAGCUGAGGAACUUAAUGAUGUACCAGUUGCUUCAGAUGCUUCAGAUGUACCAGUUGAUGGUAUGGAUCAUCAUAUCCUUGGACCAGAUUUCACGAUUCAAGGAGAGAUUAUUGAUGUCGAUAAAAUGGAUUCUCCUUUGCAAACUAUGGGGAUGAACCUUUCAGAAGAGGAAAUUAAUGAUCUGACACGUGAUCUACCAGCUGACGUUCAUGGGAAGGUUGAAAUGAGAACGCAUAUGGAUGGAAUGAAACCUUUUACAGGAAAAAAGGUUCAUGUCAGUGAUCUGGAGAAAGUUCUGGGAAGCAUGGGGAUCGAGCUCACAGCUGAGGAGCUUAAGAAGCUGCAGGAAACUCUGCCAAUGGAUGCUGCUGGAAACGUAUUUCAGAAUGCAGUGUUGGAUGGGGUGAAAUCCACUAAGGGAGGCAAAGUUAAGGUGAAUAACCUGGACACUGUCCUGGAAAACUUGGGAAUCAAGCUCACACAAAAGGAACACGAAGAUGUGACAGAAAACCUACCACUUACCGCUAAUGGGAAGGUUGAGCUCAGCACAUUGAUGGAUGCAGUGGCCACUGUUACAGGAGGAGAAGUUAAUGUCAGUGAUAUUCAAAGUAUUCUGGAGAAAAUGGGGAUAGAGCUCACAGAUAAGGAGUGCUCAAAACUAAAGAAAUAUCUGCCAGUCAAUGCUGUUGGAAAGGUGUACCAAAAUAGGUUGAUGGAUGGUGUAAAAACCCUUAAAGGAAAAAAGAUUGAUGCCAACGAUCUGCUAAAGGUCCUGGGAGCCCUGGGGAUCGAGCUCCCUGAAAAGGAACUAGUGAGGCUGAGACAGACGGUACCUAUCGACGCUGCUGGAAAGGUGUAUAAGAACGGAUUGUUGGAUGGUGUGAAGUCUGUAAAAGGAGGAAUGGUUAAAGCCAAUAACCUAGACAAUGUUCUGGAAAAUCUGGGAAUUGAACUCACAGAAAAGGAACGUGAAGCUCUGGCAGAAAAUCUGCCACUUAGUGCUAAUGGGAAGAUGGAGCUCAAAAAAUUGAUGGAAGCAGUGGAAACUAUUACAGAUUAAUUAGAAGUUUCUAUAAAUCUAAUGUCUUUAUUCUUUAGCUAAUUUAUAUUUUUAUAUAGAACCAUCAUUUUUACA